AUGGAGGUACUGUAUCAACUGUGUGGGGAGUAGGGACACGCAUUCAUACUCCCAGUGUUAAUAUACUGUAGAGUCAUAGGGCUUAGCAGAAAAACACAUGUAAUCAGGUAUUCAUAAAGCAGAGUAGGAGCGCUGAUCUAGGAUCAGGUAAUACCUGUCCAUAAUCUUAUUCUUUAUGAUCUAAAACUGAUCCUAGACCAGCACUCCUACUCUGAGACGCUUCAUGAAUACGGGCCCAGGGGAUGGAUUAGGGGACAAAUCUACUCCAGCUCUGUGCUUUUAAACGACUAAAUCUGAUAAAAGUCUACUAGAUAUACUACUUGCUCUUAUUUAACUAUUGAGACGGUACAGAGAGAGAUAAGGAGAGAGAACGCGCGGCGCGAGAAAUAGAGACACAGAGCGCUGAGAGAGAGCGCGAGAGCACAGAGAGAGGGAGGACGAGAGAAAAAGAAAGCAGAAAAGAGAGAGCACAGAGAGAGGGAUGAGAGAAGAGAGAGAAAAGCCAGAGAUAAGAGAGAAAGAGAGCGAGGGCUGUAGAGAGGGAAGGAGAGAGAAAGAGAGACGAGAGAAAUCGAUAGCGAGAGAGAGAGAGAGAGAAGAGAUGACGAGUAGAGAGGCGAGAGAGAGAGAUGAGCAACGAAGAGAGGGCAAAACCGAGAGACUGAGGCACCCAGAGGGAGAGAGAGAUGAGGGGAGAGUCGAGAGAGGGACUCGCUAAGGCCUGGAGAGUCUCUCUCUGCUGAUGCUCCGGGAGCUCUCGAGGAAGAGAGAGAUGCAUAGGAGAGGGAGAGAGAGAGAGGCAGUCAUGCAGACGAACAGCUCCUGACUUCUUAUAACUUUCUGGUUGUUAAGAGUGAGAUUAACAAAAUAAAAUUAGCAAAAAAUAUAUAGGAAAUCAAACUGUACAACUGAAGAUCAACACAGGAGGAAAAGAUCGACAGAGUGUGAGUUAAAAGACCAAUCUUAAUCGUGCUAGCUAGCCAAAUUCGAAUUUGUUAGCUAGCUCACGUCUAGCUCCAACUGUUUACUGGUGGUAACCAUAGCAACAUGGCCACUGAGGCAGCGCUAGCAGUGCCAGCAGCAGCAGAGACUGAGAGACUUUCCCCCCCCUUUUUUGAAUUUCCAGCAGAAAUCAAAUCAGAGAAGGGAAGAAUCCAUUAUAAACAAACCUGUUAUUUUACACAGACCACACUACUGCCUGGCAUACAGCUGUAACCAGGCAUUUCAGCUAUAUGACAAAGAAAGGCAUCUGCAAGGGAAAUCCAUUUUUGAGGACAGAGAAAAGGACCAGGAAAACAGGUUUCUGACGGUAAACAUGUACCAGAACGGCACUGUCAUGGUCCUGGGUAGUGAGGCUGCACUCAGCUCUUUUGUGCAGGACUUCCUCACCCUAAGGUAGAUAGCAGAAACCAAAAAGGACAAGGACAGCACCCCGACCUCUCCCCUCACCUCAGGCACAGCAGGAGCCCAGGCCCAGAUCCACACAACAGGUCUGUCCUCCCCCCUGCUUGCCUACGACCACCAGAGCCAAGACCACACUACCAUCAGCCUGCUGAGAGACAUGCUGGCUCUGUUAGAGGUAUGGUAUACUGAGCUAAAGGAGCAGCCCCCAAGCUACACCACCUCCAGCCCAGACACAGAGCUUCUACAGGACCAGAUCAACCAGUGCAGGACCCAGCUGAAAAACUCUGUCCAGGAGCUGAGAGAGAGCCUCACCACAGAGCUUGAAGAGGUAAAGGUCACCAUGAGGAGAAAGCCUCACCACAGUGCUUGA